ACUAUCGAACGGUUGCGCGGGCAACGCAAACGAACUCCAAACAAACAAAUUGAACAACUCAUCGUUCGAUUGCACGAAGAAUUUGCACAGAUAUAAGAAUUUUCACUUUAUAUUCGCUUGCGUGUAUCAUAAGAUAUAAAAAUCGGAGAAAUACAUGAAUUGCGAGUACAAUGUACAAAGUAGAUGCCGUAAGCACGCUGUGCGAAGCCGUGGAGCCCGGCGUUAUAACUCGAAGUUUACUUGUUUCUUUGGCGAUCGAUCAGGGGCCGAAAAAAGAAGCAGGUAGAUUGUUCCUUCAGGAUGGAAUUGAAUUGGACAAGUUGAAGGAAAUUCGCAUUGAAUUUCUUAAUAUUUUGAAUAUUGAUUAUCUCUGGCUAUUAAAAACUCUGGUCAAAUUGUCGCUGUCUUACAAUGUUAUCGAAAAAAUCGAGAAUUUGGAUGAACUUAUCAAUUUGAAGGAAUUGAAUCUCUCAUUUAAUCGAAUUAAAGUUAUGGAGAAUUUGAAUAAUUUAAGCCAACUGGAAAUUCUUCUUUUAUACAGCAAUGAGAUCUCUGUUGUAGAAAACAUAGACAAUUUAAAGAAGUUGACCAUUUUAAAUAUUGGUAAAAACAAGAUUGAAGACUGGGAUCAUAUCAAAUAUUUGCGCAAUUUUAAACUGCUUAAGAGUUUAAAUACAUGGGAAAAUCCUUGCGCUGAAACGAACGGAUAUUUGGAUUAUCUCGUUGCAUUUUUGCCACAAUUACUUUAUUAUCAAUACAAAAUGAUAUCUGAAAGUACACGCCAGUCUGCUAUUGAUAAGCAUUAUCGUGUGAUUAGUAAUCUUGAAGAAGCCGAGGCAAAGACGCAAGAAGAAGCAGUAUUACAACAGCAACUUGAACAUAAAGUUUUAAUGCUGUCUGCAGCAUAUGUAGAGUAUCUUGAUGAAGAUCAACUUUUUCAACAAAUGUUUUUAGCCGACGAAGUUGGUACGAAAUUAUCCACAAUAAAUAAAAAUAUUCAGAAUGAGUUUGAGAAGUACAAGAAUUCUUUUACCACAAUAUGCCACAAAUUAUACGAGUUUGGUUUGGAAGAGCAUGAAAAGAGAACUGAAGAAAUAAGAUUAUUUAAAUCUGCGGUUGAUAAAGGCAAAGAAAAUACACAAAACGAAUCGAGAAGGAUUGUAGACGAAGUAUUUGAAAAAAAGACUGAAAUAUUUGUAAACAUGAAAGAUGUAAUAGAAACUCUGAUAGAAGACCAAGAGGCAACAACCGACACUACUGACAUCACUACGAAAGCAAGAAAAAUAUUUGCUGAAUUUAACAAUUUAAUAUCUAGAGCGCAGACGCAAUUAAUGGCUAAAGAAAUCACAUUACAUGAUCAGAUAGAAGACAUAAAUAAAGUUUUCUGUAUUAACAUGACGGACAUGAUCAAUUUGUUUCUGGAGACUGCUCGAGAACAUUUUUCUCUAUUACAAAACGCAGAGAUUGAAUAUAAUCAUGUUAUAAAUGAACUGAUUUUACAUCAUUCAAGUAGUAUUGAAGAUGAAGUGAAGAUAUCAGAUAAUCUGAAAGAUUUGUAUAGCGAUAAAGAUACUACAAUUGCCAUUCUUGCCGCUUCACACACUAAACGUCUACAAGUUGUAAAUGAUCGGGAGAAGCGCAUGAUAAAUCGACUUAGUAACUGGUUCAAAGACUACACCAACCAGUUAGUCGUGGAUGAAAAUAAAAGACAUCGUCAGCAGAUACUAGAAAUAUCACAUUUUUUUGAAUUUCAACGACAAGAAUUUAAUUCAAUAGGCAUACCGCAACACUUAGAUCUAACAAACAUCGAUUUGAAUACCGAUGUUACGGUAGAAAUUUAAUACCUGAUAGUUUAUUUCUUACAAUGAAUAAAAUUCAGAAAAUGAGUGUGUUA